GGGAAGAAAAGGGCGAUCUAGAUAGUCGUACGGACGAGAGCGAGAGACAGCAGGCGGGCAGCGAGCGAGUGAUACACAUCCACUCACUCUCAGAUACUGCAGAGUGCAGAAAGAGAGAUCACAAGAGUUCGACACAGAAACUCAAACUCUCUCGUCAGAGUCAGUCAGUGAGUUCCUCUUCCUCCUCCCCUUCAUCAAGCAAAUCUCCCUGUUCUUGGCUUCCUUUUGAACUCUCUGCCCACCUCACCAGCUGAGCUGCUCUGUUUUUUUUCCCCCCACCUCUUUUACUCCCCUGUGAGCUCCCUCUUCUCUUUUUUUACUGGUGAUUAUCACGAGAUUCUGCUCCAUUCUCCGUCUUUCUCUUUUUUGUUGAUAGUAUUUAUGGGUUCCUUUGUUUCGAUUACUUGGUUUAACUCAGAACCCAAUCGGCUCUUUUUUUUGCAUCUGUAGAUCGGUUUUUGCGUAUAGCCAGAACCCGAACCAGAGAUGGCAGCCCCGUUGCCCACCCGGAAUUUGGAGAAGGCUACCUCCAUUGAUGCUCAGUUGAGGCUUUUGGCUCCCAGGAAGGUCUCUGAGGAUGACAAGCUUGUCGAGUACGAUGCUCUCUUGCUCGAUCGAUUUCUCGAUAUCCUUCAAGAUUUGCACGGCGAGGACAUCAGGGAAACGGUCCAAGACUGUUAUGAGCUCUCUGCUGAGUAUGAGAGGAAGGGUGAUGCUGGCAAAUUGGAAGAGCUCGGGAAGAUGGUGACGAGUUUGGAUCCUGGGGAUUCAAUCGUUAUUGCUAAAGCAUUCUCCAACAUGCUUACCCUGGCCAACUUGGCGGAGGAAGUCCAAAUCGCAUACCGAAGAAGGAUCAAGUUGAAGAAGGGAGACUUUGCUGAUGAGAAUUCAGCAACCACUGAAUCUGACAUUGAGGAGACUCUCAAGAGGCUGAUUGUGCAACUCAAGAAGUCCCCUGAAGAAGUUUUCGAUGCUUUGAAGAGCCAAACUGUGGAUUUGGUCUUGACUGCUCAUCCUACUCAAUCUGUCCGUAGGUCUUUGCUUCAGAAGCAUGGAAGGAUUCGUAACUGCUUGACUCAAUUGUAUGCCAAAGACAUUACCCCCGAUGACAAACAGGAGCUUGAUGAGGCUCUACAGAGAGAGAUCCAAGCUGCUUUCAGGACUGAUGAGAUUAGAAGGACUCCUCCUACUCCACAAGAUGAGAUGAGAGCAGGAAUGAGCUAUUUCCAUGAGACAAUCUGGAAAGGAGUCCCCAAGUUCUUGCGCCGUAUUGACACAGCUUUGAAGAACCUAGGGAUAAAUGAACGUGUCCCCUACAAUGCUCCUCUCAUUCAAUUCUCAUCUUGGAUGGGUGGUGAUCGUGAUGGAAAUCCACGUGUGACUCCUGAAGUUACUAGGGAUGUCUGCUUACUGGCUCGCAUGAUGGCCGCUAAUUUGUACUUCUCUCAAAUUGAGGAUCUCAUGUUUGAGUUGUCCAUGUGGCGCUGCAAUGAAGAGCUUCGUGUUCGUGCAGAGGGACUUCAUCAGAAUUCGAAGAGAGAUGCCAAACACUUCAUAGAAUUCUGGAAACAGAUACACCCAAACGAGCCGUACAGGGUUAUUCUUGGCGACGUGAGGGACAAGCUGUAUAAUACACGGGAACGUUCUCGGCAAUUAUUAGCAAGUGGAAUGUCCGAUAUUCCUGAGGAAUCGGCUUUCACCAAUGUUGAGCAGUUCCUGGAGCCUCUUGAACUCUGCUACAGAUCACUCUGUGCUUGCGGUGAUCGGCCCAUUGCUGAUGGAAGCCUGCUUGAUUUCUUACGCCAAGUUUCUACUUUUGGUCUCUCACUAGUAAGGCUAGAUAUCCGGCAGGAAUCCGACAGGCACACAGAUGUUCUUGAUGCCAUCACAAACCACUUGGGAAUCGGAUCUUAUCGUGAAUGGUCCGAGGAAAAAAGACAAGAAUGGCUCCUUUCUGAGCUCCAAGGCAAGCGGCCUCUCUUCGGUCCUGAUCUUCCCAAAACCGAAGAAAUCGCCGAUGUGCUAGACACUCUACACGUCAUUGCUGAACUUCCGUCUGACAGUUUCGGUGCAUACAUUAUCUCAAUGGCCACAUCUCCAUCUGAUGUGCUCGCUGUUGAGCUCUUGCAGCGAGAGUGCCAUGUGAAGCAACCAUUGAGGGUUGUUCCUCUGUUUGAAAAGCUUGCUGAUCUCGAAGCUGCUCCUGCUGCUGUAGCUCGUCUCUUCUCGAUUGACUGGUACAAGAACCGGAUCAAUGGCAAGCAAGAAGUCAUGAUUGGGUACUCUGACUCGGGGAAGGAUGCCGGGCGUCUCUCUGCAGCUUGGCAAAUGUACAAAGCUCAAGAAGAGCUCGUGAAGGUGUCAAAACAAUAUGGUGUCAAGCUUACUAUGUUCCAUGGCCGAGGAGGGACUGUGGGAAGAGGAGGAGGACCAACCCAUCUUGCCAUAUUGUCUCAACCACCGGACACCAUUCAUGGGUCUCUCCGUGUCACCGUUCAGGGUGAGGUCAUUGAGCAGUCCUUUGGGGAGGAACACUUGUGUUUCAGGACACUCCAACGUUUUAUAGCUGCCACGCUGGAGCAUGGGAUGCGCCCACCUGUAUCGCCGAAACCAGAAUGGCGUGCUCUCAUGGACGAAAUGGCUGUUACUGCAACCAAGGAGUAUCGCUCUGUUGUCUUCCAGGAACCUCGUUUUGUUGAAUAUUUCCGCCUUGCAACACCAGAGUUGGAGUAUGGCCGUAUGAACAUUGGAAGUCGGCCAUCAAAGAGGAAGCCAAGUGGAGGAAUCGAAUCACUUCGUGCAAUCCCUUGGAUUUUUGCCUGGACUCAGACGAGGUUUCACUUGCCUGUGUGGCUAGGCUUCGGAGCUGCUUUCCAGCAGGUUAUUGCCAAGGAUAUCAAGAACCUCAACAUGCUCCAGGCGAUGUACAAUCAGUGGCCAUUCUUCCGAGUCACCAUUGACUUGGUCGAAAUGGUGUUCGCCAAGGGUGACCCGGAGAUUGCUGCUUUGUAUGACAGGCUCCUUGUGUCACCUGAAUUGCGUCCAUUUGGUGAUCAGUUGAGAGCCAAGUAUCUCGAAACCAAGGACCUCCUCCUCCAAAUUGCUGGGCACAAAGACCUUCUGGAAGGCGAUCCUUACCUGAAGCAGAGGCUUCGUCUGCGUGAUGCUUACAUUACAACUCUCAAUGUCUCCCAGGCAUACACUCUGAAGCGUAUUCGGGACCCUGACUACCACGUUACUCUGAGGCCACACCUGUCCAAGGAAUACAAUGAUGCUACCAAGCCUGCAGCCGAGCUGGUGAAGCUCAACCCUACGAGCGAGUAUGCUCCUGGUCUGGAAGACACCCUCAUUUUGACCAUGAAGGGUAUUGCUGCUGGCCUACAGAACACUGGUUAAAGCAAAGCUCGAAGGCCAAGGCAGUUAACCUUCCUACCCGUUUCCUCGCUUCAUCUUAUAUAGUUGUCUUUUGUACUAUUUGCGGGAAUAUGAAAGAGAUGCUGCUGCUGCAGAAACACUGGCUCAGCGUUUGAUUUGGAGCUCUGAAAUUAUCUUCUUCCUUUUUUUAUAUCCUGAAAUAAGUGUGUCUGCUACUCUUUUUUCCUAAUGCAGUGUGUACUGUCCUUUAGUUGCCAUUUUCCUUGUAUUUGAAUGGAGAGCAGGUUGGUACCACCGUUAAUUAAGAACUUUACGAUUGUCUUGUUUCGAAUAGGCAUUGUCUGGUUUCGAAUACGAUUUGGCCUAUGAUGAUAGUGACAUCUGACUUUUCGGUACUUAUCCUUAACGUGGUCGGUAAGGCUAACCGCAACAAUACCCUUUUAGUCUUAAAUAAUUGGCUACAAUCUAGGGGAGUUUGCUUAAUGGAUUUGAUUAUGGAUUUGGUACAUAAAAAUCAAUUAUUAUGAACUUUGUACACAAUUCAUUAUUUGCUUGAUGGAUUUGGGAGAGACAAAUUCAUGAGGCACAUAGUUUUUUAGGGUGCAAAUCCGUGGACCCCACGGACUUGGAAAUUCCAUUUCAAAGGCUGGGAUUUGUGUGGGUGUCUCAAAUCCAUUAUGGUUAUUUACUACUUUAUCCUCAUUUUGUUUUGUUUCUAAUAAUAAAUAAGAUAUAGUAAGGUUAGAUAGGUAAAUUCAUAAUGUAACCACAAAUAUAAUUAUGCAAAAUCCAUCAUGAAAUCUAUCAAGUAAACAAUGAUUUUAUCCAAAAACCAAAUUGACCAAUUCCAUCAUAAAUCAUUGGUUUUAUAAAACCCAAGUUCUGACCUAAACCUUCAUUUAUCAAAUCCAUGAAGCAAACGACCCCUAAAUGGCAAAAACUGAAUUUUGGGGACCAAAUGAGUAUGUUUGAGGAGGUUUUAAAGUGGAGGCUAAAUCUGUGAAUCAAAACCAUAAAAUGGGGCCUAAUAUGUGGGAAUCAAAACCAUAGAAAGGUGUGAGACGAACAAUAGUCGUACUCCACAGGGUGCGUUGCACUUGCACCCCAAGGGGGCGUGCUUGCGGCCGCUGCUUGCUUUCUUGUUUUUCUUUUCAAUUGAUUAGAGCAUUUCCUCCAAUCUUUCCUCUUCAUCGUCCAUCGUUGUUGGAUUUAAGAAUGGUUUCGCUGAAUUUCAGAAUUUGUGGUUUUUUAUUUAAGCGAUGACGAAGGUGACAAUGAAGAAGACAUAUAGACGGAGUUUGACUCGUCUCGAAUAUCACAAUAAAAAUCUUAAUCAAUGCUUAACUAUAAACCUUAAUUAGGUGCAAUAGGUAAGUAUGUUUUCAAAGUCAAACCCGGGUCGGUCCAUGUACCCCUACUUCGAUUGUUUGAAAUAUUAUCUAGCAAUUGGUUUUUGGUUAAAACUACGAUUUAUAACUAAAACGAUUGAAAAAUAAAUGGUUUGAACACUAAUUGAGAAGACUUCACCCAGGUGUUGCUCCCCCUAGCUAACAAUCAUGGUUUGUCGGAUCGAAUACAAAUGUGUGGUAAAGCCGGUUGUAAAUCUUAGGAACGUGCAACAAGUGAACAACCGUCACUCUUUCUGUCUCUAGGCCAAGGGAUAUAAAAUCAAGCUACCAAGGUAGCUCUCUUGGUCCAAUCGACUAAGGGUUUCUUACUUCACCCUCAAACAAUAUUUCGGACGGCCAAAUUACAACCUACUAAAGGUUCUAAUACGUAUUAAGAGGUUUGCCCUAAUUCAAUGUAGGUAGGUGACACAAUUGGCCAAUGAAUUCCAAUUUUUACA